AGGUUUUGCGUCACUCACAUCUCCACGCAGUCCAGCAGCUGCGGGGUGUGCUGUCGAGGCAGUGCGCACUACAGAGUGAACACUAACCACUGCAGAGCACUGACAGCAGAGCAGAGGAGAGGAGAGGCGCGGGUUCAAACUUGCGCAGCAGCACAGACUGAAGACUGAAGAGAGAAUAACGCUGAACACAGUGACAGAGUUCAGAGACCCCUGCUGUCACCCAGCCUGCGCCAUCGGCCACAAUGAAUGCCAAAUCGGUCCUCAACAAGGUGAUCUUUCUUCCCAACGACGAGAGGCUGCUGGCAGUCGUGCAGGUGAAGAGGAGGACGAAGAAAAAGAUCCCGUUUUUAGCUACCGGAGGCCCUGGUGACUACACCACAUUCAUUUGCUUAUCAGUGACCAAUAAGAAGCCAGCGCAGGUGUUCCUCACGAAGGUGAAGCAGUUUGAAGGCUCCUCGUCUUUCGUCAGGAGAUCACAGUGGACCAUCAGUCAGCUGCGGCAGGUCAACGGCAUCGACUCCGUCCGAGAUUGCCCAGAGUUUGACUUGAUAUUUGAGAACGGAUUCGACCAGUGGACUGCGGGUUCAGCUGGAGAGAAGUGCGUGUUUGUCCAGGUCCUGCAUCACACAUGUCAGCGGUUCAUCCCCGAAAGAAAACCAGAGUUCAUCAACUGCCACCCCAAACUGCUGGGAGGGAACAGCAUCCUGCACGAGGCAGCAGACAGCGUUAGCAGUGCAGUGCAGAAGGCCAGUCAGGCGCUGAACGAGCGCGGCGAGAGACUGGGACGCGUGGAGGAGAAGACGGGCGAGAUGAUGAACAGCGCCCAGCAUUUUGCCGACACUGCACACAAGCUUGCCAUGAAGCACAAGUGUUAGGCCUUUGCCACCCCUGCUUAACCGCUGCUGUCAGAGAGCGUUACGGGACAUGCAUGAAUAUCAUAUGAAGGACAGUGUGUAUCAACAUGGCUGAGGCCUCGAAAAGAUCAUGCGUCCUCUACACUUGGAUGGGAUACUUGGUCAUUGCAAGCUUAAACAAAGCCUUACUCCUGUGUCCUCACUCUGACAGACCUUAAUUAUCAUUUUAAAAGAUUCAUACAAAAGAUGUAAAAUAGUUUCAAGGUUCAAAUACCUGCUUAUAUAUGAUAUCCCUUCUUUUUUGUUUGCUUGUUUUAACCUAUUUAGUGUUUGAUAAGUGCCAUCGUGAAAGAAUUUUAGUGCGAUUAUUAGAAAUAUAUGUAUUUUUUUGUAAAAAUCUAUCUAAAGGGUUUGAAAAAAUAGCUUAUUCUAUUUUAGCA